AUGGCUCCGGGAAGAUUAUGUAACAAAGACGGCUGGAUCUUGAUGGCGAUGGUGUUAACAGAAUUUUCUAACGUCGGAGUAAACACUCUGGUCAAGUCAGUAACUUCCAAAGGACUUAGCCCAUUUGUGGUUCUCGUCUACGCUUACACCAUUGGAUCUCUUAUUCUUCUUCCUCUUGCCUUCUUCUCCUUCAGAUCAAGAUCUCUUCCUCCGUUGAGUUUUUCAGUUCUUUGCAAAAUGGUGCUUCUUGGUCUAAUUGCAAGUGCAUUCCAAAUCGCAGGGUACAAUGGUAUAAAAUAUAGCUCGCCGACAUUAUCUUCGGCAAUGAGCAAUGUCAAUCCUGCGUUUACCUUCAUCCUCGCCGUUGUUUUCCGGUAA